AUGUCUACCUCUGCUCGCCGUCGUCUUAUGCGGGACUUCAAGCGGAUGCAAACCGACCCUCCCGCCGGCGUAUCUGCAUCGCCUGUUGCUGAUAAUGUUAUGACUUGGAAUGCCGUCAUCAUCGGCCCCGCCGACACACCUUUCGAGGAUGGCACCUUCCGGUUGGUGAUGAAUUUCGAGGAGCAGUAUCCCAACAAGCCACCCGGUGUCAAAUUUAUCAGUCAAAUGUUCCACCCCAAUGUCUACGGAACGGGCGAGCUCUGUCUCGAUAUUCUUCAGAACCGGUGGAGUCCCACAUAUGACGUUGCCGCCAUCCUGACUAGUAUCCAAAGCCUCCUGAAUGACCCUAACACCUCAUCUCCGGCGAACGUUGAGGCGUCGAAUCUCUACAAGGACAACCGCAAGGAAUACAUCAAGCGGGUACGGGAGACGGUUGAAAAGAGCUGGGAAGACUAG